AUGACUUCAUCUCUACUAAAGUUACCACUAGAGAUUGUUCAACAAAUAAUCACACAAUUAGAUAUUAAAUCAACAAAUUUUUUAUUGGAUUUUAUUAAUAUUUUAUUAGCAAUGGAUGUUAGUAAUAAUUAUAAUAAUCAAUGUUAUGAACAAAUUAUUGAAAUAUUUAAAUCUAAAAUAGUGGUAAUGGAUUUAACUGAUUCUAAAAAAAUGAUAUCAACUCCUUUAUUAACUUUAUUAAGAAGAAAUUUUUUAUUAGAUAUUGAUAAACUUAAUGAAAAUGAUUUGAAUAAUAUUGAUGAUCAUGAUCUUAAUGGUAAUGAUAAUACACAUUUUAAAAAAUUUGAUUAUCAAAAAUUAGUACUAAUUAUUGAUGAUACUUUACAAUUAGUUGACGAUACUUUAAUGGAAUUUAAAAAUAUUUUUCAAAGAUUAACUAAAGGUAAAAUUUCAAUAGAUGUUAUAUAUUGUCCUUGUUCUUCUUCAUCUAAUGGAAAUAAUUAUUUGAACUCUUCUAUUUUAAAAUUGGUAACUCAAUUCGAAACCGUUUUUCAAAUUUUUAAUAAUUUGAUUAUAGAAUUUCAACAAUCAUCCAUUAAAACAAAUAGAAAUUUUUUCGACAUUUUGAAUCAUGAUUUUUUCAUAGAAUCAAAUACUAUCACUAAGAAGACUUUAACUCCAAGAUGUAAAAAAAUAUCAUUCCCAUCAAUAAAGCAAAUGAAAAUGGAUUAUCUAACAAUAGAUUCAUUCAUUUAUAAGAUUCUAGAAAUGAAAAAUCAUCCUAUUAUGGAAUCUACAAUUACUAGAAUUAUUACUGAUAGUAAUAAUGUGAAUAUAGGAACCGUAGUAGAACAUGAAACUUACAAUUUUAUUGAAAAAUUAUUUAUUGGUAUCAUAAAGGAUAUUGAAUUUUAUUUACCAAAUUUACAAUCAUUGGAAUUCUAUAAUUAUAAUAAUGCUGAGACUUGUAAUUUUAUUGAUUUAUCUACUUUGGUAUUAAAAAAAUUUAAUGACCAUUUAUGUCCUUUAAGUUUUUUAUUUGAUUUACAUUCUUUUAAAAAUUGGAAUAUGCCAAAUUUAACUUAUUUUACAGGUCAUAGAUUUAAAUAUGAUGAAUCGAAGAUGUCAGGUUCAACAGAAAGAAUGAAAAGAUCCCUUAGUGACAAUAUUAAAUUGUUACAUAAAAUUGCAAUGAAUGAAACUAGUGAUGCAACACCUUAUUUUAGAGUUAGUUUGAUACCAAAAGGUGUAAAACGUUCUAAAAUUAUUAAUUGGUUACCUUCAAAUUCACCAAAUUCUUUUAGAUCUAUUGGUUUAAAUAUCGAUACUCAAAAUAAUUUUGAGUUAAAUGAUAUGGAGGAUAAUGGUGAUUAUUAUGAUUCAAAUAGUCAUUAUUCUGCACCAAGUGAUUUGUCAGAAAGAAAUCAAGAACAAAACUUUUUUAAUAAACCAAUUCUUUGUUUGAAAAAUGAUUCGAUUGAAACGUUAGAGAUGAGAUUAUUGACAUUAAAUAAAAAUACAAGAUCCAUUUAUAUUCAAGGAUUAUUUAUGCUAAAUUUGAAAGAAUUAAUUAUUCAAAAUUUUACUACAGUAAUUAAAAGAGCCAAAAUUUCUGAUAAAAGAAAUUCUAUUGUUCUUUUAAGUCCAACAACUAGUAAUCAAAGUAGAAUAACACCAGUAUCAUCAAAUAAUACUGGUAUCGAUUUGAAUGGUGAUACCUCAGAUAUUGACGAUAUCCAUCCAAUUGGGUUUUCAUCAUGGAAUAGUUUGCCAUCAUGUGAGUUCAUACAUUUUAGUACCAAACAACCAAAUUGGAAUGACAAGAUUUUAUUGACCGAAAAUGUAGAUAAAAAGCAACUCAAUUUUUUAUUUAAAAUUAAUAAUUUAAAACGGGUAUUACCAAAAAUUAACUUAGCUGAGAGUUUUGAUAAUUUCAUUGAUGAAAGACAACAAUAUAUAAUUGUGUAA